AUGAAUGCGAAUUUCCCGCUCAGUCGCGGGGGCGCACGCGAGGCGGGCGCGAUGCAGCGGCGGGCGUACCACGAGGCCGGGGGCGGGCCUCGGAAGCACCGCGGGAAGGCGCGGGCUCCGAAUCGCGUCGCGGAGGUGCGCGCGCAGGCGACGGGCGGCGCCUCUCGCUACGACGACGGCGACGACAGCGACGACGAAUCCGAUGACGACGGCCGCGACGACGCGCUCGUCGCGAUCAUGGCGGACGAGUUCUGGGUCCUCCUGUUCGCCAUCGUGUACGCGUUCGGGUUCGUGUUCUUCGUGCUCGGGUGCACGUUCAAGUGGUACGGAAGCAGACACCCGUUCUGGACGAGGGUGAUAUGGGGGUUCGCGGGUUGGGUCGUCCUCACGACGAUGUACAUUCUCGACCCGAGGUUGGAGCACUGGAAGCGGCGGUUGACGCCGAGUCUCAAGGCUGCGAAUCGCGCGUGGAGAUGGGCGGUGGACACGUGGCGGGAGAAGAAGAUAGGCGAUGCGAUCGCGGAGUGGUGGCGGUGGAGGACGACGUACAAGCCGCCGCCGGUCGCGGAGAUGGUGUGA